AAGGGACUAAAUUGAAUUUUAAAAGGGAGCAAUGGAAACUCGUUCAGCGUUUCAACUCAAACAGUGGAAGGAUUGGAAGCAAAUGUUAACUCGACGCUUUCCUUCGAUGGCGUUUUGUUUCACUACUACAGCUCUGUCGCUGCGUUCUCCACCCCCUACAAAAACCCUCACCCUUACCUUCUGUUCCAACCCACAAUUCACCCAUUCAAUCCCUCUCGAAUCUUCAAAACGCGGCUUGCUUAAACCUGGUUUAUAUCUAGUAGGAACACCAAUUGGAAAUCUCGAAGAUAUCACAUUACGUGCUCUCCGUGUGUUAAAUUCAGCCGAUGUGAUACUUUCAGAAGACACAAGGCAUUCAGGGAAGUUGCUUCACCAUUACAGUAUUAAAACUCCUCUUUUGAGUUAUCACAAGUUCAAUGAAUCUCAAAGAGAACAAGCCGUGUUAAAGAGGCUGAAGCAAGGUGAGAUCGUCGCGUUGAUUAGUGACGCCGGGACGCCCUGCAUUAGUGAUCCUGGCAUGGAAUUGGCAAAGUUAUGUGUGGAUGAGAAUAUUCUUGUUGUUCCUAUCCCUGGGCCUUCCGCUUUGGUAGCUGCUCUUUCUGCCUCUGGUUUGGCCACUGAUGAAUUUACAUUUGUUGGAUUUCUUCCUAAACAUGCCGGGUCAAGAAGAGAGAGACUGAUGGUUUCUGCAAAUGAGAUGAUGACUCAAAUAUUCUAUGUUCCUCCACACAAGCUUCACCAGUUUCUUGAAGAAACUUCUUUACAUUUCGGUGACUCUAGACAAUGUGUCAUAGCUCGAGAGAUGACAAAAAUGCACGAAGAGUUUUGGCGGGGUACAUUGGCAGAUGCAAAAGAAGUGUUUUCAACUUACCAACCGAAGGGGGAAAUUACACUGUUAAUUGAAGGGAAGGAAAAAUCUAUGGUUGAAACUCCGUCAGAGUGUGAGCUUGAGAACCAAUUGAGAGACUUGAUCUCCAGCGGGCAUAGUCUUUCUACAGCUGUCAAGUUGGUGGCUGGCGGAACAUCAGUCAGUAGGAAAACAAUAUAUUCACUUGCAUUGCAGAAAUUCGGGAAGCAACUCGAAGCAGAGGAUGAUUCAAAUUAAUGCCAACCACACUGUGAGUGACACUACGUGUUUACUCCUAGACUAAAGAGCAGGUCAUCGUGUGUAUUGAAUCUUUCAUCCAAGGUGACCUGUUGCUGUCCACAUCUUAAUGCAUAUUGCUAUUGCCCAUCUUUGCUUGCACCAAUGUUAGAUUGAACAAGCAAAUCUGUGCUUGGCAAAUUUUUGUGGGCUUCAUCUUAGUAUCUUUUGUUUACUCCUGGACUAAAGAGCAGGUCAUCGUGUGUAUUGAUUCUUUCAUCCAAAGUAUCCUGUUGCUGUCCACAUUUUACUGCAAAUUGCUGUUGCCCAUCUUUGCCUGCACCAAUGUUAUAGAUUGAACAGGCAAAUCUGUGCUUGGCAAAUUUUUGUGGGCUUCAUCUUAGUAUCUUUUGUUUAUGCUGGGAUGGAGUGCCAAUAGUGGAGCAGAAGUAAAGUUCCAAGAUGCUUCAAGUACAUCUUUUCUUCGAGAAAGUUGAUAUAUGCCAGCAAAGCUUGGACAUACCAAGCAGAUACUUCCAAAUAGAACAUGCAAUUGAUUUACUUUGAAACCAAAAUAGAAAGUUUGGGUCAUGGCUGGUGAAAUGACCUGCAACAGUCUCAAUUGUAAUGAAUCUUACCUACAAAGUUGGCUUAGUAGCUGCUUAGAGUUUGUCUUGCUGCCGACAAUGUGUCUUCUAUGGUGGGACCCUUGGGAAAUAUGGAUUCCUCUUCUCUUUUCUCCCUCUCUCUAUGGAUUGUUCUUUAGGUAAUAUAUUUUCCAAUUAAAUUUAAUCAUACAGUUGUAUAGGUCAAUAAGUCACAAGGUUUGAACUUAAAUUCUCCUUUCAAAAUGAAAUCACUCUUUGCAUUGCUUUGUUUAA